ACCUCUCACCGGCAAUCUCAUGUGACAAGUUUAUAUUUUCUCUCUCUAGAAAAUUAGGUUUCUGAAUAUCCAAACACGCGUUCUUCACACUCUCUCUCUCUCUCUCUAUACUCUCUUGAUACAGUUUGGGGAUUUUCUCUCUCUCCUCCGUCUACUACAAGGGGUGGAAGGCAAUGUAACUUGUUUGAGCUGGACUUGAAACUUUUCAAUUUCAAUUGGCUUAUUUGUUCUAUUGGUGUACAAAAUAUGGGUAAAUGCAAGGGUUGUGGGAAGUUAAGAAGUAUGGUGCUGAGGGAUGGAUCUGUCAGUGUGUACCCUUUUCCUCUUAUGCUAUCUCCUGUUGUUUCUGUUUGCGAGUAUAUUGUGUGCAAGAUAAAGUAUCCCUUUAGACCCGAGUGGGUGUAGGUGUGUAUGCCUUGACGUUAAAUUAGAUUCCAAGUUGGGAAUUAAUUAGGAUUUACUAGUAUAGAAACCAAGAAAAGGGUUACAAAAUAAAUGAAACAUUCAUAGAGAUAAUGUAUAUGUCUUGGAGUUUUAUUUAGGAGAAAAAAGUUAAGCAAACAAGACUAAGUAGGUAGAGAGUCUGGUAGUCUUACUGGAAACAUGGAGUGCACCAAAGUGCCACCUGGUGUUAGAAAAGCAAAGAAGAAGCAGGUGAAGGACGAGUUGGAUCGCCGCAAACAGGCUGAGAAGAAGAAGAGGCGGUUGGAGAAAGCCCUUGCUACCUCAGCAGCCAUUCGUUCUGAGCUAGAAAAGAAGAAACAGAAAAAGAUAGAAGAACAGCAGAAGCUUGAUGAGGAGGGUGCUGCAAUUGCUGAGGCAGUUGCUCUGCAUGUCCUCCUUGGGGAAGACUCAGAGGAUUCAUGCAAGAUUAUGCUGAAGAAGGAUGAGGGGUUCAGCGCUUGGGAUUGUGCUAGCAAUAUUGACCUCUUUAUGGGUGGAACGAGAGUGGUCCUCCCUCAUCCGGACCUCUCAAAACAUUCAUUGGAAGGAAGUGGGUGGGUUCCUUGUGCUCAUGGAUCUGAAUGCAAGUGGAAUGAGUGGGAAAACAGUGACAGAUCAGUCACACCUGGACCGUUUGUGGGGGAUUUUUACACACCUUAUUCUGAUGAGAGAGUUUGGGAGAAUGCAGAAAUCACUGCGGGUCAUAUUGCAGCACAGGCUGUUGCCUCACUCCAAAUUGUGGAAGAUGCACAUGUUGACUCUUAUCUAUUCAACAGAAUGUUACGAGGGUAAGAUGAACAGUCUCACUUAUACUUUCCCGUCACCUUGUGGUAUUUUCAUCUAAGUCAUGGUUCUCAAUAAUGCUCUGUACAUAUUUGUCAUGCACAAACCCUUUUUGUCCAUUGGAUAAGAUGCUUUUAUACUUUCAAAUGUUGUUUGAGUGACAUGAGUUGGAGUUAUUUCUUAAAAAGCUUGGAAUGCCUUGUGAAGUGCUUGCACAACUUGACAUCAAUGAGCCAGAUCUCCGUCUUCUCUACAGAGAGUGAUUUCCAUGAGUAUCUGAUCAAUGUAUCUGUGCUGUGUUCCUAGUGUUGUGGUUACACUGCUUAUGGAACUAGAUGUCUUACUGUCCGUUGAAUUUGUCUUCUUUCACUGUGAUGGCAGUUAAAGCGGUAGGAUUCAUGAUUGAGUUUAUGUUGCAACUACUAUUUACUGACCUAGUUUUCUUAAUUAUCCUUUCUCAAUCAAUUACCGUGGACUUUGUGGUGGGUUCCACUGCUAUAAAUUGUUUACAGUGGGGGAACUAA